CGCUCACGUCAUCGAAUAUAGAUCGAAGCGAUGGCGCCCAGCAUCUCCAAGGCCGUGCUCGCCGCCUUUGCGUACCUCGUUCUCACCGUCGGCCUCAGUGUGUGGUAUGUGGCUCUCGUGACACCGGCGAUGAUCAACGACUACUGGUGGCCCGGCUUCAGCGUCGGCGGCGUCCAGACCUUCCUCGGCGACUACUUCAACAGACAAAUCAGCAUCAGCACCAACGCGAGCUCGCAGCUGCCGCUUGCAAGCCUCCGAGUGCCAAAGGCGUACACGUCGCAUCCGACCUUUAUCCAGAUGAGCCGAGCGCGGCCGCGGUCGCUCCUACUGGCACCGCUCCCACUCGCCACUGUGAUCGUGGCGCUGCGAGCCAACAACCUCGAUAGCAACAUCCGCCUCUUUACGCAGUACUCCAAGUGCGACGCGCAGUACACCGCGAACGCCGCCGUGUACUUGGAGGCGCUCUUGCGCAACACGGAUGCGAACGACCUGAACGCGAGUCCGUACAUGCUGCCGAUGAACGCAACGAUCUUCGAUCCGCUGGCCGCGCUGCCGGGCGGGAGCAAAGUCAUUUCCGACAUCUUUCACCGCCGAGAAGACUUGGCCGUCGAGGACGAAGCCGCGACGUGGCGGCAGUUUGGGCUCACGACGUGGCAGUCGCAGGUCACCAACUACUACGAGCAGGGGCUCGUGCAGACGAUCUCGAUCCAGAACGCGCUUGGCAUGACGCAGCGCGUCACCGUGUACGCGGUCCCGAGCCAAUUCCGCGGCCUCGCGCUCUGGUCGACGGUGUACGCCUACGCCGGGUUCUGGAACGACCUCUGGACAGGCGACAGCCUCCAGUGCACGCUGCUUUUGGGUGUCGACGCCGCCUCGGAUGCUAUCAAAGCCAACUGGGAGUACAACAUGAACUCUGUCGCGACCUUGACGCCGGUCCUGCGCGUUGUGCAUUUGGCGCUGGGGCCGCUCGCCUCGAUGGACGUCUUCGUGCUGCCCAAGCCUCGCGCGCUGCUGGCGUACCUCGCCGCCUACGAGGCGCGCCUCAAUACCAUCAAGGACACGGCGGUCUUCCGCGCCUUGGUCGAGACGACGAGAGUCUAUCCCGUGCCGCCAAGCUGGACCGGAGGCUACAUCUACUAUACCGGCAGUCCCAUGUGCUUCUCCGCACCCGCGCACGCACUGCCGCAGGAGCCCAUGGGGUUUUACGACACGUGCGACGGUGCCGCGCCACUUAGCGUUUCGCUCGAGAGCCGCAGCGUCCUCUUCGCCCUUUCUCUGCUGCCUGCCAUGUCACCUGCCGCCAUCGCCGCGCUCUGCGGGUCACCGAGCACGUGCGCCCGCGUGCUUGAGCCGGCGGUCGCAGCGGCUGCUCAGCUACCCAUCGCAAGCGGCACCAGUGCGGUCUGGGAAGCGCUGAAAGCAACGCACGUGAGCGUCUACCAGUUUGCCGCCAACGGCACCGACCCGAUCCUGCUGCACCAAGCGCUCGCCGAUGCUAGUCCGUGGGGCUUCUUCGGGCUCGUGAUGCUCUACGAAUGGCUCUACGGCCGCCGCGAGGUGUACGUCGUGUCGGGCGACGUCGGCGCGAUCACCACCAUCACGCGGCGCUACGCGACGGCCCCGCUCGAGGCCAACGCGCUGGAGCUGCCCCAACAAGCGUGCGUCUACAUGUGGUACCUCACGCUGUACGCGUCUUUGGUCGUCGCCGCUGUGAGCGUCCUCGUGCUCACGUUUGGCUGGACGCAGCGCAAGCAAGUCUCGCCCUUGGACCUCUUGCAUGCCAACCGCCUCAUAGGCUGCGUCUGGGUCGGUCGACCCUUCCUCCUCGUGCGAGGACUCACGGCGCUGGUGCUUUUGAGCACCAGCAGCGUCCGCUUCGUCGACGACGCGUCCCUACCCGGCAACGAGUCGGGCUUUCAAGACGCGCCGCGCUCGCUCGUAAGCACGAUGAUCAUUGCGAGCGAGGCGACGUGGAUGACAUACGUCGUGGUCGACUUCGGCUUGCCACUGCUGCGAACUUUCGGUCACGUUCGGUCGUACGGCCCUCUCAGCGCCUUCUUGGCGUGGACGUGCAUGGUGCUAUGGGAGGCGAUUUCGCCGUUCGAAGCCAGCGUCGUUGUCGCACCCGACUGCACGCAAAACCGGCUCGGGCUGCAGGUCACGUGCGCCAUUGGCAGUGUCGCGAUCGGGUCUCUUCCGCGCCUACUCGCUCUCCUCGGCAUCAAUAUGGGCUGCAUCCCGGCGGCGAUGGCCGUCCAGCGCCUCUGCACCGGGCCGACGGCACGCGUGCACCGCGCGUGGCGGCCGCAUGUGCUCGUGCCCGCGGCCGCCGAGGUGUUUUUGAGCAAAGUGCACUCGGAGUUGUGGCACGACGACGUCGUCACAAGCGUCUUGUCGGGGCUCGUACCCUGUGGCGGCGGCGUGCGCCUCGACCUCAAGCUCUGGUGCGUCCUGCGCUUCGACACACUACGCGCGACGUAUGGGCCGAUCCUACCCUUCGCGUCGUUGUCGGUGCCGCUGCUGUCGAUGCGCCGCUUCUACGUCCGGGCGCUCGGAGGCUUUGCCUACGUGGUGUUUUCGAUUAUUGGCAGCUACACGUACAUUUAUGUCUCGGAGACUGCGAUGACCAACGACUUUUGGUGGGCCUCCUUCAACGCGACGGGCCACCAGACGUACUUGACCAACUGGUUCAACCGGCAGCUGCAGUUCACCGGUGCAUUGGACGCCGUCGAGCUGGCGGCGCCGCAGUUUAGCGACAACGCGCACAGCUACAAUGCGACGUCGCCGCUCGCGUCGGCGCCGCUCGUGGUCUACGCCUCGUCGCUUCAGAGCCACGUCAACUCGCUCGCGGGUGUCAUUGCCGGUCUUCGCCGCAUGAACCCGUGCCUCAUCGCGUACAUCUCGACGAGCUACUGCUACGUGGACUUCAACAGGGCGUACGAGCUCGGUGCGACUGCAGCGCGCCAAGACGCGUGCGCGCGGCAUACUGCGAACGGCGCCGUGUACCUCGAGUCGGUUCUGCGCAACGUUCUCGACUGGACGCGCUGGCAGCAUUGCUAUGGCUCGAGCCUCGAGACGGGAGUCUUCUCGUACCUGGCCUCGACAACCCGCGGGCAAGCGUGGGUCCGAGAAGUGCGGGCCGACAACAAGUUGUCGCUGGCGAUGGAAGAGGCCUACUGGCGGCGCAUGGGCAUCGCCGUCUUUGCGACCGAGUGGCAAAACUACAAGACGCUGGGCGUGAUCGAAACGAUUGCGAUCGAGAACGCGCUCGGGAUGCAGUACCCGCUGACGCUCAAGCGCUCCAACGGCACUCUCCACACGUCGGUGCAGUCGAGCUUCAAGAUGCACUGGACGCUCGCCAAUGACCUCUACAUCAUCUCUAGCAAUGCAUCUCACACCGUCGGGAGCUCGUUGGUUCGACAGAGUCCUCAGUUCCUGUACCGCAACACGACCCCCGAAGCGCUUCUCAUCGCCAACGGGACACUGCCAGCGCCAAUGGACCCGGGAUUCUCCCUCCUCCGCGAUCGCCUUGGGCCCUUUGGCACCAUCACGAUGCAGCGGGUCGCGCCGCCCCGCGAGCUCCUCGCGUGGUACAAGGCCUCGACCGAAGCCCUCAUGGCACAUUUCGUCGCCGAUGUUGCGACGGCUACAGCGUACCGGGAGAUCGCUGCCGGCCUCCAAGGCAGUCCGAUACCCUUAAAGUGGGUCGGUGCAGAGUAUGUCGGCGGCGACGUCACGUGCCCGACAAUGCCAUCCCCCGCCACGCUCAACCUCCUCGAGUUCUUUACGGCCGCGGGCGCGUGCACGCUUGGCGUCUCCAACUCGGUCGUCGCAUCGAGCUCGAUGGUGGUGCUGGCGCUGCUCGCGGCAGACUUUCCGACGCCAGCCGCCAUCUGCGCCGCCGAGACCGUCAACGUCGCGUCCUGCCCCGACAGCUACGCGGCGCGCCUCUCGUUUGUCCGCAGCUCGGUGCCAACGACGCUUGUCGCCGCCGUGCAGUCGCCCGCAGCUCGGAUCCAAGCGCAGCUCGCGGGCCAAGUGCAGCUCGUGCAAUUUCUUCGCGACAGGCGCACCAACCGAACGGUGCUGUUGCAAGAAAGCCUCUUGUCGUCGGCUUCGUUUGCCUUUCAUAGCUGGCUCUUCCUCUUCGAGUGGGUGCACGGCGUGCGCGAGGUCGUGUCGUUCGUUGGCGAUACCGGCGAAGCACUCACAAUUCUCUCUGGCCGCAACACCAUCUCGACGCAAGCCGUGAACGGCAUGGAAGUCCCAGUCAACGUCUCGCACUACUGCCGGCGUCUCCUCCUCUUCAUCACCUUUAUCCUCGCCACCGUCGCGAUGCUCGUCGUUGUCUACGCCUUGCGCGCCCGCGGGGCCAUCGAGGGACUCAACAUGUUUUGUAUCAACCGCGUCGCCGGCCUCGUCUGGAUCGGACGACCGCUGCUGCUGCUGCGCGGCACCACCGCCAUCUGCCUCCUCUCGACCGCAACGCUCGACCUCACCCAAGUCGUGGGCUUUUACGCGUUUGCGCCGUCAACGCCGGCGUGGUACACGACCAUCAUGGCGUCCGGAGAGAUCACGUGGCUCGUCUUCAUCCUCAACGACGCCUUCUCGCUCGUUACCAAGCAGCACACGGCGCGCUAUGGCAUGGAGGCCAGCCUCGGUGUCUGGGCCGGCCUCGCGAUUGGGACGUUUCUGCUUCCCGUGCGACCACUCGUCACGCUCGCUCGCGCGUGUGACGUCUCGGCCGUCGACUUUCAGGUCGAGUGUCGCAGCGGCGUCGUCGCGAUCGGCCGCAUGCGGCGCUUUGCGGGCAUCGUCGGCGGCACGACCGCCACCGUCGUUCUCGUGUACCUCCUCGAGCGAUGGCUGCGACCCCGCGCAGCUUCGGCGCCGGCGCACUCGCACCUGCUCUACGCGACGGCCAAGUACCACUACGCGACGGACGGCUGGAUCGUCGACGGUGUCUACUACGUUGACCGCGCCUCCGCCGUCCUCACCGGUCUCCUCUCGUUCGAGUGGCGACGCACCAUGUACAUCCUCGACAUCAAGACGUGGCGGCAGUACGCGAUCGAUGUCUCGGACGCGCGGGACGGAGCGAGGCCCUUCCCGUACUUGGCGCAGGCUAUCCCCAUGAAGCUCUGACCUC